CCCGUUGCUGCCUGCGUGCCUGAACAUCUAAUGCUCUCCGCAUCUCUAAUCUUUGCUCUCCCCUCCUUCACUGCUUCUGAACAUCUCGCUACACCCGACCCAAUGCUCUGCCCACGGCGAAUCACCACUCAUCAGCCUUGGGCUUGAACCCCGCUCAGCAUGUCUAUUCCUCCCUCGUCAGUAACGACCUCACGCCCCUCUAACCUGACCGUCCCCGCGACCCAGAACACGGCGCCCGUGGUCAAAUUCCGAUGCCUCUUCACCCACGACAUGCGACGCAAAGCGAAACGCUGGCAGGAUGGUUUCCUUCGAUAUCAUACUUUCAAUAAGCGGGUCAUGGUCUACGAUACCACGGGCUAUUUCAUUGGAGAUCUUCAUUGGCGGGCACCAGAAGGGAUCCAAGACGGCGAUGAAUUGGAGCUGGACAAGGGCGUGUUGAUUCAGGUCUGCGAACCGCUCGAAAAGACAGAGACAGAUCUCUCCUCGCUGUACAAGAACAAAACUCAACCGUCACCGUCGCGCCCUAGUGAUCCCCGGCCGUCCUCCAUCCGCUCGACUCGGCCAUUGCCCUCUCAACAGGCUCCGCGUUCGUUGAACGACCUACUUGGGAUAAAGAAGACAUCGACUCCGCAAGUGCAUUCGUCACACGAACAGCGUGAUCCGCAGAAGCAUAAAAGCACGUACCAGCUGCAUGAGCGACCCACGAAGCGCCAACGUACGUCUCCAGGACGUGUCAAUAGCCCAGCGCAGGAGAUAGUCGACCUGUCCGACUCACCCUCCAGAAGACAAAGUCCUGGCGCAGGGACUUCUUCGGAACCUCCAAGACCACAGCCCACGACAGCUUUACCCAAAACACCAGAGGCGAGCUUACCAACCGGGUCUUCCGCCGCUGUUAAACCACCUCAACCACCCUCUGAUCGUCCAACCAUGAAGUCAGGUCCACAGACCCUAAAGCCCGCCAGACCAAGUUCGGGGACUUCAGUCGCUACGCUUCGGUUGACCAAUACCAAGCCACGCAAAAAGCUGAUGUACCAAGAGACUCUAGCGCCUAUACAAAGACCUCUGCCACGAAAUCAGCUGUCCCGAUCAAUUUCCCAACACCAGCCCACAAUCCAACAUGAGACUUCAAGUCCAGUAAUCGUGAUCGACGAUGAUUCUCUGGAUACUCAACCAAUCAUUACCCGCGAAGCGAUGCGGGAUACAGCCAAACCAUGUCCUCCCUCUACCUCCAACGCUGAAGGCGACUUGAAUCCACCAGUCACCAAGCCCUCCUUACCAGACGGACACCCCAGAACCCCGCACAUAUCGAGUCUAGCCAAGCAGCCGUCUGGAGCUGCACCGAAGCCCCGCUCACCAAAUUUACGCAAGUCAUAUUCGGACCCCACGACUAUCGACGGCCUUCCUCUUCGACCUUUGGCCACGACAAGCCCGCUUAAUCCGAUUACCAAGCAAAACGAUGAGCAUGAGCAAGGUCCGUGGACGUCGGAGGCACUGGACUUAUUCGAGUUUUGGCCUCCAGGGCGGCCGAAGCCACCUUAGUUUGAUGUCACUAAGAAGCAUGGUCUGCUGGCAGACAUGCUUUCACCAGUACUCACUGUAUGCAUAGACUUAAUGACCACAUG